CCCUGCUCAGCAUUAUGGACAUGGCGUGGGGCGACAAUUCUUAUGCGGAUGGAUACUCUCUAUCGCAUGGGUUCGAUGACACGGAUGGCGGGUCGUUGAGCGGCGAAAACAAGCCGCGCAUCUUGCUCAUGGGACUUCGACGAAGCGGCAAAUCGAGCAUCCAGCGCGUGGUGUUCCACAAGAUGUCGCCGCAUGAGACGCUGUUCCUCGAAGGAACCAACAGCUUGGACAUCAAGUACAUUGCCAACAAUUCGUUUGUCCAGUUCCAAAUCUGGGACUUUCCCGGCGAUUUCGACUUCAAAGACGACUUGGUGUACGGGGGACAGCUCGUGAACGAGGAAAUGAUAUUUGGCAACUGCGGCGCCAUCGUGUUUGUCAUCGACGCGCAAGACGACCCGUACUCGGAAGCUUUGACCCGGCUCCACGACACGGUCGCGCGCGCGCAUCGGUACAACCCGAACGUGUUCUUCGAAGUGUUUAUCCACAAGGUGGACGGCGACUUGUUCAUUUCCGACGACCACAAGAUUGAUUGCCAGCGGGACAUUCAGCAGCAAAUCACCGAGGAGAUCCAGGACGGCGACUUGGACAUCCACAUGAGCUUUUACCUGACCAGCAUUUACGAUCACAGCAUCUUUGAAGCGUUUAGCAAAGUCGUGCAAAAGCUGAUUCCUCAGCUACCGACGCUCGAGAAUUUGCUCAAUAUCCUCAUCUCGCGGUGCAAUAUGGAGAAGUCUUUUCUGUUUGACGUGGUGAGCAAAGUGUACAUUGCCACGGACAGCAACCCCGUCGACAUGCAGUCGUACGAACUGUGCAGCGACAUGAUCGACGUUGUCAUUGACGUGUCGUGCAUCUACGGCAUGAAGGACGACGGCGACGGAGACGGCCUCGCGUACGACUCGCAGUCGUCAUCGGUCAUUCGACUCAACACGGGCAUGGUGUUGUAUCUCCGUGAAGUCAACAACUACUUGGCGCUGGUUUGCCUGCUGCGUGCUGAGAACUUUACCAAGCAAGGCAUCAUCGACUACAACAUUGACUGCUUCAAGUCUGCGCUGGGCCAGGUGUUCUCCAAGUAAACCAACCGAACGGAUGGAGACAGUCGAGAGAGAUAAAUCAAUAGGUUUAUGAGGAUUAGGACGACUGGUGAUAACAAGAGAAUCAGGUGCUUUUGAACGCGCCAGACGCCAAGACGGCGAUGAGGA